AUGCACAUGAGAGGGAAACUGGAAGACUGUCGCUCUGUGUCUCAUGACACCUUCCGGAGCGGCAUGCCAUCACCGCGGGUCGCGCAUUUCGACGGUGAAGUUCCUCCCGCACUUUCACCCCUCGACGCAUUCGCCGCCCAAGGCCGAUUCCUCGCCCGCCAACUCGAUGAGUCUCGACGCGGAGACCGCCGCAUGAGUCGGCUGCCGCCCUCGAGUGUCGCUCGAUCGCUGUCACAAGGCCGCCCAAACUUCUACCGAUCCAAGUCCUCUGCCGAUUCCGAAUCCCGCCCUCAAUUCUCCCACCAACCUACAGAGCUCACCCGCCAGCCUACACAGAAAGGGCUCCCCGAGCUCGAAGAACCCAAAUACCGCCCUGUGUCCGAACACCCUCGAUUUAGUUCCGUCUCCACGGCUAGCACCGAGGCUAGUUUCUACGAUGAUGAUGAUGAUGAUAAUACCACACCCCGGACGACCAUGGUUGGAGAUAGCCGGGAGUCGUAUGGGAUCCCCCGCUCCCAGUCUCCCGAGGAUGCGGUGUCGCUCUCUAGUGGAGCACAACCUCCUGUGGGAGUCGCGCUGACUGAGCCACGAGGUUCAUCGACCGACUCGUCGACUUCACGACUUCACAUCCCACGGACUUUGGCACCCCCUGUGUCGCCCCGUUCGCGCCCAUCCAGCAGUGCAAAGACCACAAACGCCGAGAGUUCCGACGACGACUACAGUAGCUCAAAUGGCGGUUCCACGUUCUCCAAACCCCGGAAACUGUCUUCCGGAAGCGCAGUGUCGCUGCCAUAUUCUCCCAUGUCGAACUUCCCCGCACGACCACACCCCCGAUCACCAUCUAUGAGCUCGGAGACCUCGGCCACGGGAGCGCAUCAUCUACCCCGUCCUUCAUUUAACUUCUCUCGGCCAUUGAGUCGCUCGAGCACGAGUUUAUCCGCACCUGGAGCUUCGACACCCACAGAAUCAUCCAUGACUCCUCUCUCGAACCAGAUGCAGCGCCGAAGCAAGCCGACUCCACUCAUACUUCCACUUUCAACCGAAGAAGCUGCCGCCUGUCAGCCCAAUGAAGGCGAUCCGUCCUCCGCCGUGUCGUCUUACACCUACGCCAGUUAUGCGCUUCCCCGUGGGCGCUUCUUGUCAAGAGACUCUAUUGUCUUUGCCGGCUUGCAAACGCCCCAUUUUGAGUGGGCAGAGCCACUGUUUGAAAAGACGCCUCCCCGGCAUUCAGAGGAACCGCAAAGAACGGCGCGAACACCGUCUCCUACUCCGCGUCGUGGGGUGCAACAUUCACCUAAGCCUCACUCGAUGCACGAAGUGCCAGCCUCACACCCUGCACCCACACCCCAGUCUCCUCCACCAACCCAACUUCCUCAACCCCAAACCCCCAAAUCGGAAAAAGCACUCAAACCCCCACCCAUCCCAUCCACGCCAACACCGUCAGAUCCGGCCCUACGACGCUCAGCGGAAAGUGCCCGACAAGAGAAAGACGAAACGGUCUCAUCAGCCGACUCCGCCAGCACCGUGCGACCUCAAACCGCCACCGCACCAGUAACAGCCUCCGGCCUCACAGCCGACGACCACGUUGCGAAGGGCAUUGAAUGCCACGAACGAGGAUCCCUCAGCGAAUCAACCUACCACCUGCGCGUAGCCGCAAAACAAGACCACCCAACCGGCAUGUUACUGUAUGCGCUGGCCUGCCGACACGGCUGGGGCAUGCGAUCCAAUGAGAAAGAAGGUGUCAGGUGGUUACGCAAGGCUGUGGACUCAGUCGGGUUGGAAAUGUUGGCAAAUCCUGAUGCACCUGGUGCUUCCAAGGCGAAGGAGUUGCAGAAGGCUUACAGGGCGCAGUUCGCACUCAGUAUCUACGAGCUCGGCGUGAGUUAUCUCAAUGGCUGGGGUAUCGAGCAGGAUAAAUCGCUUGCGUUGCGCUGUUUCGAGAUUGCUGGGCAGUGGGGCGAUGUUGAUGCCAUGGCUGAGGCGGGCUUCUGUUAUGCUGAGGGUGUUGGCUGUAAGAAGGAUAUGAAGAAGGCUGCUCGCUUCUAUCGACAGGCCGAGUCCAAGGGUAUGAGUAUGGUUGGGAAUAGCUGGAUCUACAAGGAUAAAUAUAUGGCUGAGGCUGAGGCUAAGGAGUCUCGCCCUCGUGGCCGAAAUGCCAGCGGAGAGAAAGAGAAGGAUAAGAAGCCCAGGAGUAAAUCUCGCACUCGGAGCAUCUUCCAACGCAAGAAAUCCAUCGUCCACGAGGCAUAG